AUGGUUCUAUCUAACUUCCCACUUCUGUUGCUACCCGAAAACGCUAAAAAACAUGUUCUACAAACAAUGGACACUGUUUUUUACUCUCACUUUCAUUUUGCUCGAAAAGAACAAAGAAGAUUGUACAGUCGUUGAAGAUAAAGUUUCAAAAAUUUGAAAUCACAUUUGCUCACACAAAUAAAAUUCGCAUAAUUUUCCGUACGUCGCGCGUUUUACUGGAUCUUGUGCGUUGUGACGAGUAUUCAAAGCAAAAUCAAGAUAUUUUUCAAAUUGAUGUCAGAGCCUCCGAGGAAAGAAAUAACGUCCAAGAAAAUAGACGAAGAAUGUAUAAACAAAGAUGGGAAAAGAUGUUUUUUACUUUGGACUACUUGAUGUGGCAUUAUUCGAUAUUCUCAACACAUCAAAAAUUGAAGUGUUUUUCAUCUUUAUGAACCGUGAUUGUCGCAUUUUCGAAAAUCUACCUCAGACAUUUUGGGAACGGAAUGUCAGUCUUAUUUCCUUGACUACUCCAUAUUCAAUUGUUUUCUGGGAUUAUUUCUAUAAUGAAAGCAUUAUUGAAAACCAGUUAUCCAAGGUUGACAAAUUACAGCUUUUGCAAAAGCUGUAUCUAACCUCACAACCAGGCCACAAAAUAAUAAUUCAAAAUUUCAAAUUGCUCAACGCAAGUCAGUGUUUUUUGUGCAAUAUCACAUUGAACGAUUUGAUACUAAAUAACAGUAGUUUUGCAUACUUGGAAUAUAUGAAGUUUAACGAGAAAGACAUCAGCAUUUUUCUAAAACAUUGGAUUAAUGGAUCAAAUGAAAGAUUGAUUCAUUUGUUUUUAUCAGGAAAACCCGCAUUUAAUGACAGAGAAUUGUCCGUCAAAACUAUUCUCAAAGGAAUUGAUUAUGAGAGAGCUUCAUCUACCCGAACAAUGUCACAUUUGCCUAGCUCAUUAAAAGAUUUUGUUGAGUAUUUCCCAAACACACUCGAAAAUGGCUUCGACAUUACAAAUAAGGAGGGAACUGCUGCAACAGUCACUAUAGAAGAAUCUAUACCAAACAAGAUGCAUGUUUCCUUGACUGUCUGGGAUGUAUAA